UGCAAUUAAUUAAUCAGUAGUCAAGUCCAUUUUUUAUUUGAUAACAUUUUACGUGUCUUGACUUUUGAACAACAAUUUUUAUCAUAAAUCAUUGAAUGUUUGACGCCCUUGACAUUUUUGACGUACGUACAAAAAAAAGUAAACAAAUAUGGUGGGUGUUUUAAAUGAUUCUGAUAGUGACGAUGAAUUACCUCCAGGAUGGGAAGAACGAGCAACAAUUGAUGGAAAUGUUUAUUACGUAAAUCACUUCACGAAAGGUACUCAGUGGACACACCCUCGAACUGGUCGCAAAAAACUUGUGGAAGGAGAAUUACCGACUGGAUGGGAAAGGUGUGUUUCCGAGGACGGAAAAGUUUUAUUCGUCGAUCACAAUAAUCAAACGACAACAUACACUGAUCCUAGAUUAGCUUUUGCGACAGAAUUCCGAGAAAUGUCACAACCGGUACGACAGAGGUUUGACGGAAGCAGUACGGCUCUUGCUGUACUUCAUGGACGAGAUUUAAGAGGAAAAGUCGCUCUAGUGACAGGUGCAAACGUGGGAAUAGGUUACGAGACAGCAAGAUCGUUGGCCCUACAUGGUUGCAGAGUAGUUUUAGCUUGUCGAGAUUUGGAAAAGGCACAAGAGGCGGCCAGAGAAAUUGAACGUGAACGGGAAAAUAUUUCCUGCGAUGUUUUACAUCUGGAUUUAUGUUCUUUGCGACACGUUCAAAUGGCUGCCGAUUCUUUCAAGCAAAAAUACAAAAGUCUUCAUAUGCUUGUGUUGAAUGCAGGAGUAUUUGCACUUCCAUAUUCAUUAACAGAAGAUGGUUAUGAAAUGACGUUUCAAGUGAAUCAUUUGGCUCAAUUUUUCUUUACGUUGUUGCUGAGAGAACCACUUCAUUACUGCGAUAGCUCUAGAGUCGUAAUUGUUUCCAGCGAAUCCCAUAGAUUUUCGUUCCUCUCAACGCCGGGCGAUAUUGAAGCGUUAAAUUUAUCACCUCCGGCGUACAAAUAUUGGCAGAUGGCUGCCUACAAUAAUUCGAAAUUGUGUAAUAUUUUGUUUGCGCAGGAACUAGCGAGACAAUGGCCAACUGUCGGUGUUCUUAGUUGUCAUCCUGGCAAUAUGGUUUCUUCGGGUUUACCCCGUCAAUCAUGGUUAUAUAGAUUGCUGUUCGCUAUCGUUCGACCUUUCACGAAAUCAUUGCAACAAGCGGCAAGUACGUCUGUCUAUUGUGCUACAGCUUCCGAUUUGGAAGGCGCAACUAGUAUGUAUUUCAAUAAUUGCUAUCGUUGCGAUUCCUCUCGUCAGAGUAUGGAUCCCGAAUUAGCAAUGAAACUUUGGAUCGUUAGCCAAGAAAUGUUAAGAUUGGCGAACUUUUAUACAGGUGAAUAAGAAUAAGGAAAAUAUACAUAAUAAAAAAAGAUGCCCCCCGAAUAUAAAAUUCAGAUAUCAACUCAAAAAGUUUUAAAAGCAAUUUUGCCAUUUCUGAAAUUUCAUUUUCGGGGAGACUUCGAAAAUGGAAAAUUUACUGUCAAUUUCUAUUAUACAAAUUGUAAAAAUGUACUUGUAAAUAUCUUCUAAUGUAUUCUUUACUAAUCUACAAUUUUUAAUUGUAUGUUUAAUUGUACUUUUUAACUUUUUAAUUAAACUUUCUAAUUGAAAAAUAA